CGGAACGGUCGAUUCGCGCGAUUCGCUGCUCGGGUUUUUUUCCCUGAGAAGAGUCUGGUCUGGUGUUUGCCUGGUUAACCCCUGGCAUCCUGCUCUCUGUGUGUGGUGUGGGUGGCUGGAAAAUCCUCCCCAGCGGUGGUGAAAAGUUUGUGAAAACUGGCGUUGGUGGCGAAAAGGCCAAAGUUGAAAAGUUGGGCCCACACGACGUUGUGCGUGAGUUGGUUGAACCGCAGAAGAGCAAACACAAAAAGUGGUCCUGGUUUUCCUGCGGGCAAGCCGAGGGUGGAAACUAGGUCCUCCCCCGGGGAAGAACCUGGCGAAGGCUUCCGGGAGUGCGUCGAAACGUCACCCAGAGGAAGAGCUUCUCGAAGGAAAGCUCAAAAUCAAGAGCUUUCGCAAACUAAAGGAUUAAUCUAGUGAAUUUCACUUAGAAAUAAGAUAAGUUCAAAAAAAUCAGUCCAAAAAUCGUCAAAAAUUUGCAGUUAAACUCGAAGAACCAGCUUCCUCGGCUGUAAAAGUGUGCGUGGCCCCCCUAUCGGUGUGUGAGUGUGACGUCACAGUUUGGGUCACGGUGAGAACGAGAGAAAGAGAGUGCUGAAAGAGAGAGCAGAGCAUUAGUGACGUCGGUGCGUCGUCGUCGGCAUCGUGAAGUGAAGCAUUCUGCACGUGUGCUAGUGCGUGCGUGAGUGUGUACUCCAGGAAGAGGGAAAUUUCUGGCACGCGAGGAAGAACAAAGAGUGAGCAAUUGAAGGGUGAAAGAGAGGAAGAGCGAAAGAGACAAGGAAAACGCGGAAAAGUCGUGUACUUGCACACACACACACGUACGCAAGCGUCCGCUAUAACAACAAAUUUUGGCAAAAGGGAAAAUGGUGCCAAGGUCACCGUGACUUUGAGCUAGUGUGAGAGGAAAUGAAAGUAGAUUUGCACCCCAACAGUAACAACACCUCGUCGCCACACUUCUGGAUUGGUGCCCUCUGGUGUACAUUCGGUGUCAUCAUAUUUGGUGCAGUGGCUGUCAUUUCAUGUUGGAUAAAAAGAUGCAGGUCCAGCUACCGGCGCAAAAAGAGGAAAAUGAGACGCGCUCAAUCCGCGGCGGAAUUCAACGAUGCUCGCACCGAGCUGCCGGCCCCCUCAGCAGCCAGCAAGAGGAUGUUGUUCAGGGGCCGCUCGGUCAGCUCGGACCACGACCAAAACUCGGAAUCGGAACACACGGAGCGGUCGCCGCUGGUCAGCGCCAAGCUGGACUCGCUGGCCAAGCUGCUGUUCAGCCGAAGUCUGAUGGCGGAAGGAUCCGGUGGCUUGAUCGGCGGUGGCGGCGGCAGCGGAAGUGGCGGAACCUCCACCAAAGACAAUGACUCGCCGACAAGGCACAACGUUCGCUACCAGUACACCGCCCUGGACAGUGGCAUCGGCGCCCCAGAUCGGAGCCCGCGGGAGCGAGCAGCACGGGACCGGGCCUUCACGGCCUGCCAGGACUGGCUGCAGCACACGGGCGGCCGGUACGAGUCGAUAGCGCACCUAGAUGACAUCGGGUCCCGGCCGAGCAAGCACUGGUUUCUGCUGAAUGAUUGCACGAUACGCACGGACCGGCUGAUGACGCUGCUACCCCUACCCGCCGACUGCAUUGCCUUUGAAGAGUUCCAGGGCUGCGGUGGCCAGUCCGAGUGUCCCCAAGGAAUCCUGAUGGAACUGCUCGGAUCGCUGCAGCAUCCGUACAUCUACCCGGUGCUCGAUCUGGGCUUCUUCCCGACCGACGCCCACCACUACGCGUGUCUCGUGAUGCCCUUCAACCCCCGUGGCAGUCUGAAGGAUCUCAUUUAUAAGUCCCAGUGGAACGAACCAUGGAGUCGUAAAUAUACGCGGAAAUCCACCUGCCUGCCCCUGUCCCAGGUACAACGAUUAGGACGUCAAAUUUUAGAGGCUUUGUUAUUUUUAAGGGAACGCGGAAUACCGUCGCACGGCCACCUGCACAGCGGCAACGUGAUCCUGCAGAACGGCGUGGCCAGAUUAUCCGGCCUGGAGAACGGACUGCUCGGGCUCAACUCGCGCGUCAACGCCAUCGUGUGGUCCCGCUCGGCCCCGGACAUUGACAACAUCGACGUCGUCUGCUUCGGCCACUUGCUGUUCGAGAUGUGCGCCGGGUACGAGCUCACGUCGCCCCAGCCGACCCCGGGCCACUAUCAGCUCGAUCUCGAGCGCUACCCACAGGUCGUCGACGUGCUGCAGAUGAUAUUCGAGUCACCAGAUGGGCGCUAUCCAACCGUCGAAGAACUGGUCCUUUGUGAUAUAUUCCGCAAUAUCGAUUUAAGAGAACUGCGAGGAACAUGUGUGCCUUCCUUUAAACAUGGUUUGAGUAGCUCGACGCUGAGCCUGCUGAACGCCGUACGGAGACGACAAGGUGCGAUACUAAGUGGAUCAUACAGCGAGGGCAGCUCGCCGUGCACGCCACCGUCGACGCCACGUGAGCGGAAAACCGGUGACGUAGAAUCCUCCGAUCUGUCUAGUAGUGAUUCCGAAGAUCUGUUAGAUGAAAUAGUUAUAGCAUCAGCCCGCAUCGACGAUCCCGCCCAUUACGACCCGUUGGCCUCGCCGAUACAUUACUGUGACAAUAACGUUGUACAGUCGUCGGACGAUAACAGCAAUAGUAACAACAACACAAUCAUUCGUAUAGAUUCGAUCGAGUCGCAGGGCUCGACGUCGUCGUCCACUGGGUCGAUACAGCUGCAGCAGCUGAAUCCGUCGUCCGCGUUCAAAAAUCUCAAAUCGCGCCGCAUGGAGUACAGCCGGCGUGGGAUGAUCCUGGGGCUGAGCAACCCGUCGCAGGACUCCGCCUUUGGUUCGAUGACCGACGGCGAGUCGUCCCGUGCGUCCAGCUUUAAGCUGAGCAGCUUUGCCUCGAUGAACUCGCCGAUCGACGAGGGCGUCGAGGAUCUGCUGGUGGAGGGGGCUGCUUCAACUUCUGCUGCGCCACAGGUUCCGGAAUCGAUCGCCACCACGAUGGCGGGGUUGAAGUACAUCGAUUCGGCGGGAUCGUCACCGUGUCACGAUCACCACGCUCACGCCUCGUCAUCGCGAGACAUUUCGCCGAAUCACUCCGCGUCGUCGCGGUACCUGGAACCGCCGAAGCUGAUCAUCAACAAUCACUCCUCGUCGACGACCAACACUUCGCUGUGCUACACUUCGUCCCCGCUGCGGAAAUGUGCCACGACGGAGGUGUUUUCGCAAAAGUAUCGCGUGUCGUCGUUCGAGGACAUGUCCUACUCGUCCCGAGUGGCGCAAAAGUCCAUCAAGAACAGCAGCCGCAAGAUAUUCCGUUCGUUCGAGGAGGAACGCCGCAUCGACUCCGCCUUCAUGCCCAUCGACACGACCCGCUCGACCAGCGUCAGCAGCCGACUCAGCCAACAACUCAAGCAGCAACGUCAAGCGUCCCCGUCCUCGCCGUCGUUGCAGCAUCAACUCUCGUUACCACCGCUGUUGACACCGACGUCCCCCAAGCAGCUAAUGCCACCCGCUCAAUACAAUCAACUCACGAAGAAGAAGAACGCCUCGUUCCAGAACCUACAAAGCAUCGCCGGCUCGUCGCGGGACCGAGUCUGCCAGUGGCGGAACAAGCUGAUCAAAUCGAACGAAUGUCUGUUUGAAACUUCCUUCAACAUGUCUCCAUCGUCGACGACCCAGAGCGAGAUCGACCGGCUCCUCAGCUCAACCCACGAACUGCCCACGAGCACCGGAAGCGCCGUCGAAGUCGAACGGUUCAUCCUGACGCCGGAACCGGUCGUCGUCACCGCCAAUCCCACGCCCCCCUCAGCCCGAGGAACUCGCGCCGAUCGCCAGCAGCAGUUCAGCCUGGCCAAGUUCAAGCACAGCACCAUCCUGGACAGCAUCUCGCUGGAGGACUUUUCCGAGCCAACGACGACCAGCUGCUCGAACUCGACCGAAAUCGAAGCCCGCAAGCUGGAGAGCUCCUCGACGGACGACACGAGCGACCAGGACAGCAGCAGCGUUACGGACUCGCUGCUCAAGUCACCCCUGCUCGGCGGCCGACGGAGCGCCUCGGACGUGCGCAAGUAUCUGGACGAGGGCGGCACCGGCACCGGAAGUGAUGCGGGGAGUGGCUUCGGCAGCGGCAACGACGAGAAGACGCCCCUGCUCGAGGGCAUGGAGCUUUCGCCCAUCUCACCAACUGAGUCGGAACAAAUGUUGUGAUAAUAUAGUAACUCUGUAAACUAUUUUUCUACCGAUUUUAAUUCUGUUCAAUAUGAGGUACUAGUCUAGGGAAAUGAAGAAAAUAGAGAAUCAAAUCUAAUUUUAGCAAAUAUUAACAAUUUAAACAAGAAAAAAAGAUCCAAAAAACAGAAUGAAAAAAAGUGUUCCGCUCUACAGAAGAAAAAAAAAAGAGGAAACGAAAAAAAAUCACCCACACUCACACAGUCACACGAGAAACAUACAGGUCUUUUAGGGAAUUUUUAGUCAAAUAUUCUCUAUAAAUAACAAGCUAGCAAAACCAACAAAAAAAACUAGCGAAAUUCCAGUAACCAGCGCGUCGUGACGCGUCGUCGUCGUUGAUGUUCACUAAAAAGGGGCGUAAUAAUGAAAACUUAAAAGGUAGCUCAAUUUUACCACGAAACACUGCAAUAACUAACUACCGGAACUAGGACUUUAACGAUUGGUUCGCACUCUCGAUUAGGUUUGAUCAGCGGAGGUCGCUUCGAAAAAUGUUUUUUUUUUUUCGUAGUCAGAUAUUGAAGAACUGGCCUCUCUGUCUUGAGUUAUGAGCACAUACCAGAAUAAUCUUUAUGUAAGAUUUCAAGACCAAAUGUCAUAAAUUUGCUUGAAAGCGAUUUUUGGAAUUAUCUUAAUACCAAUCUGCAGAUAUAUAUCUCGAAGACGUUUUUAACUAAUCAGAAAUGACGAAGAUCUGGCAACCCUGUUACUAGAUAUAAGUACUGAAAACUCGUGAAGCUUGUCUAGUUUGUAUUUUGUAGUACUGUUGUUCUUCGGAACUAUUAAGUUCUACCUUUGUUGGUCUAAUCGUAAUUUUAUCAUUUUAUUAAUAAGGCCCUUUUUUGGUUAUUCCUGGCCAAUAUUUGGAAAUUUUCACAAAAACUUAAAUCUAUUUGGGUAAUUCUCUA